GUGACGUGAAAAAAAGUUUUUUUUUAAUCAAUCCCGAAGAAAGGAAAGAAGCGAUUCGUUAUUUCUUUAUGGGUUUAGAAAAUUGGAUAAGAAAAAGUUAUUUAUGACCAUCGAUUGAUUUGAUUCAGAAACUAUCGUUGUGCUAUUACGACAAUCGCGCGAUCACAGAUAUUUUAGCUUUAACAAAACGAUAGAGAAGAGAACUGCUGGGCGGUUUAGCUGGAAAAAAAUUGGUGGAUGCGCGCACAUCCCCCAAUUGUGUUACAUUGGAAAAGGUCCAGCAACUACACAUUUCAGUUAAGAGAGCCUUUGUGAUAGUUGGGACUUUUAUCGAUUCAGACAUGCCCGUUUCGGCUGUCCAUCGUUGCGGAUUCAACAGCAAUCGCGGCGUGUAGAGAUCGGAACAAUCAAAAGUGCCGAGCGCGUGAAAAAUCGUGAAAUCAAAAGGACGAAUUUUUCGAGUGAAAUGGCGUUGGCCAAUUUUGGAAUGCCAAUCAUUUCAAAGAGAUCGGUGCUUGUACUCUUCUACAUUUUACUCGUGACUGAUCAAAGUGCCAAUCAACGGAUACAAAUGAUUCCCGAUGGCGACGAGCAAGUGAUCGACGUCAAUUCAACGCUCACGCUGACUUGCAUCUCCCAAUUGGACGAUCACGACAAAUCCUACAAUAUUUCCUGGAUCCUGCCGGAAUACCUGGACAAAUUCCCAAAAAAAAGUGAUGCUGCUAGACGCCUUCAAUUCACGUUCGGCGACAACGAAACGCAUUUGAUAACGACGAUGACUCUAAUCGAAACGACAAUCAAAGAUUCGGGCGAAUUCGGCUGUGCUGGACGAGUAAACGUCAGCCAAUACGUCUACGUUUACAGUGAAGAAAUUUACGUCUACAUGGAUCACAAAGAUAACGUCAAGGAUUUCUACAGUUCCAAACAAGGCGAAGUCCUUCACAUUCCUUGUAAGCGGACCCACCCCAAUGUUAACGUCUCUUUGAAUAUUGUCCGGCAAUGGGCCAGCAAAGAAUGGGCCGAGGACAAUUCAAAGGAUUUGUUGUCGGAUCCGGAUUCCAGCUGGUCAUUCAGUAGGGAAUACGGACUGACGUUAAGCGACCCAAAGAUAAGCGAUUCCGGCUAUUACCAAUGUGUAGGCACGGUAAACGAUGUGCCAAAUCACGAAAAUUUCCGAAUCAUUGUCAAGGGGAUGGAAUUGUCUCGAGUCGGGGAUCUGGAAGAUCCAUUAGAAGGAACUAAUGUUACUUUAAUCUGCCUCAUCCAUACCGACGGAGAAAAUCAAUUACGGAGCGGAUUUCCCUCGCCGCCAGAGUGGUACUAUCGGACGAACGAUACGGGAGAAAUGCAAAUGGUUAAUAAAAGUAACCCACCCGAAGGCAUUCACAUGAAGAAGGAAUAUGAAAUAAGGCUAUUACGUCAUCUCCAUGGCUUUUAUGAAAGUCGACUUGAUCUGAUCAACCUCAACAUUUCAGAUACGUACACCAACUUUGAAUGCAAAUCAAAAGUCCACAGCAGACAAUUAAUGACUAAAACGAUUGCUUUUGCCAUCAGAGUCGAGUUGGAGGAGGCCAGACCCAAAAAUUUAACUUGCAUCAAAUCAUCCAAAGAAAUUGAUUUCCGAUGGCUAAAAGACGGAGAAGAAUAUUUCGGUAAAGUCUACCAGAAUAAUGAAAAAUCCGAAUUGACGCUCGAAGGAAUCCCGGAUGAAACUGGCGCCUAUGCCUGUCAAUGGAACAACAGCGAUGGAGAGCCGAGGUAUCGCAAUUUCACCGUCAUCUUCACCGAAGGCCACUCGGAAAUGGAAACAGUUCACACGACAAUCACCGCGUUUGCAAUCACUCUGGCGGUGCUACUCGUUCUGGGGGUUGGUGUCAGCAUCAAACUUUACUUUGAUUUGAAAAAACAAGUUUUCCCGGGUGCCAGGAAGUUGCUCGAUGGCAAUUUGAAAGAACUCAAUCCGCAAUUAUCAAUUGAAGAGCAAACUGAAUUGAUACCCUACGACAAGGGAUGGGAGUUCCCCAGGUGUCGCCUUACGCUCGGGGUGACACUGGGAUCGGGUUGUUUUGGACGAGUCGUCAAAGCUGAAGCUGUUGGGAUCAAAGGCAGCAACGAAACUGUCAAAACGGUGGCCGUCAAAAUGGUUCGAUCGCAAACAAAUGUCGCCGCAAUGGAAUCCCUCGUUGGUGAACUGAAAAUUCUUAUUCACUUGGGAUCGCAUUUAAAUGUUGUCAAUUUACUGGGAGCCUGCACCAAAAGAAUUACCAAAGGUGAACUUUUGAUAAUCGUCGAGUACUGUCGAUACGGAAAUCUACAAACGUACUUGUCCAAACAUCGAGACAGUUUUAUUAGUCUGUUGGACGAUUUCGGCAACAUGAAAACAGACAGUGAAAUAGAAGAGUUAAAAGCGUCAAUUUUGCCUGAAAUCCCUUCGUCUGAUCGAAAUUCUAUCGCAUUGUCAGGUCGCUCAUCGAUAUGUUCGGGUCAUUUUCAAUCGCCGGAAUGGUGGCAUAACAAUCAGCAACGACCUGAUGGCACUCUAAAUAAAAUCAUUUCCACCCGCGAUUUAAUCUCGUGGUCGUUCCAGGUAGCACGAGGAAUGGAUUAUUUGUCAAGCAAAAAAGUUCUUCAUGGAGAUUUAGCCGCUCGCAAUGUUCUGCUGGCAGACGAUGGGGUGGUCAAAGUGGCGGAUUUUGGCAUGGCAAAGAAAAUGUACUACGAGAGCAACUACGAGAGAAAAGAACAAGGAUUGAUGCCAGUCAAGUGGAUGGCCAUUGAAUCGCUGACAACUCGAAUCUUUUCAAGUCAAUCCGACGUCUGGUCGUACGGAGUUUUACUGUGGGAACUCUUCACUCUGGGUGAAGUUCCGUAUCCAGGAAUGGAUAACGGCCAUUUACUCGUCAAAGAAAUUAAAAGUGGUUAUCGAAUGGAGAAGCCAGAAAAUGCGCCAAAUUUUUUCGGGGUAAUUAUGGCAAAUUGUUGGAAAACAGAGGCGAAUCAAAGACCCACAUUCCAGCAAUUGGAAGCGAUGAUCAAUGGCCACAUGGAAUCGUCUGUCAGCUGUCACUAUUUGAAUUUGACUAUCCCAUAUGGAACAUUCCAAGAAGACGAUACUUGCGAAAUUCCAGGCGAACUUUUCGUACUCACAGAUGAGUUGACAGAUACAACAGAUUCCAAACCGACAGAAAAAGUUUAAACAAAGAAGCAGAAACGA